UCUCUCUCUCUCUCUCUCUCACUCACUCUUCUCUCUCUCUCUCUCUGUGUCUCUCACAAAGGCACAGCCAAAAAACCAAACCCAGUGAAGAGAGAGAGAGAGAGUCAGAGAGAGCUUGAGUUGGUUGUCAUAAAUUAAAUGAGGUUAGAGAGAAGUGGCGCAGAGUGUGGCAUGGCGGCGUUGCAGAGCUCUAAUUCCGUGCCAUUAUUGCUUCGAACAACGGAAGAGAAUUGAAGCAAAGCGCAAACCCUCUUCUUUCUAUAUGUCUUUAAACCUAAGAAAAUCCCAAAAUUUUGCCCACAAAAGCUGCAAAAUCCCAAUAACGAAGAUCACACGCUGUGAGAGUCAGCGUCAGAAACAAAAACCAGGUCAAAACCGAAACUCACAGACUCACAGUAGUAUCAUAAAAACCCACACCAACUGUUCAGUCUGUUCGUACACCCAAGAACCCCAAAACCACAACCACUGGUCUUCUGGAAUUUGGUCGUUACUUAUUGACAGUACCAAAGUCUUGAUAUGGAUUUGUUCUCAAAAUUGAGAGCUAUUGGGUGCAAGAAAUGGCAGGGCUAUUCUAUCUAGGCGGACGAGAAGGGCAGCAGAACAAACAAGAGGAAGAAGAGAAACAAGAGAGCAGCCUGUUUUUGUUCAGAAACGAGGAGAUCUACACCAAAGGGUUUGAGAUAUGGCCGCAGUACUAUCAGCAGCAGCAAAACUUGAGCAACUACUACUCGUUUGGACUGGGUCCUAGUCGAAGAAACCCCGACAGCGUCUCCGAUGAGUCGUCGAGAUCCGCCGGCCGAUUCACGUUGAUGAGUCAAGGAGCAGGCAUGAAUUGCCAAGACUGUGGUAACCAAGCGAAGAAAGACUGCCCGCAUCUCAGAUGCCGGACUUGUUGCAAGAGUCGAGGGUUUCCGUGCCAAACCCACGUCAAGAGCACUUGGGUCCCGGCUUCGAAAAGGCGCGAGCGGCAACAACAGCUCGCAGCCUUACAACAACAACUUCAGCAACAGCAACAGCAGCAAGAUCAACAAGAACAACAGCAUCAGCAACAGUUUCGAGGAGAGAAUCCCAAAAGGCAGAGAGAGAAUCAAUCUCUUUCUUGCGCUCGUGUACCCAACACCACGUCAGGGUUGGAACUGGGACAAUUUCCAGCUGAAGUGAACUCUCCGGCGGUCUUUCACUGCGUAAGAUUAAGCGCAAUGGACGAUCCGGACGAGCAGUACGCGUAUCAAACGGCUGUAAACAUUAGAGGACAUGUUUUCAAGGGAAUUCUGUACAACCAAGGCCCCGAAGGUCGUUACACCACAGGCGGCGAGAGCUCGUCGGGCGGGGGCGGAGACGGAACUCAAGCGCUCAAUCUCGUUACGGCUGCAACCACCACCGCCACCACAGCGACCACUAGUAACCCAUCUGCCACGUUGCUUGACCCUUCACUAUAUCCAGCUCCACUCAAUGCUUUCAUGGCUGGUACGCAAUUCUUCCCACCCCCAAGAUCGUAGAAAACCUCUUUAAGCUUGUUUGCUUUUAGCAAAUCUCUUGAAAUCUGUCACCAUCUCUAGAUUGCUAGCUCUCUCGUUAAGGUUUUCUACUACUUUGUAACACCCACUGAACUGAAGUAAGGCUCAUAGGAUUUAGAAACGAGGAUGUUUGAUUUUGUUCGAAUUUCAAUUCAGAUUUUCAUGGUUA